CGGUCUACAACUUCCUCCAGUGGAGCGCCAUUUUCGGCGUUGUUCCGGGACUACAGCAUGCUGUUAAACAGAUAAUAAGACCAGUAUAUAACGUUGCAAGACCUGUCUUUCAGUGUGCGCUCGAAAUGGGACGAAAGAAGAAGAAGCAGAUGAAGCCAUGGUGUUGGUACUGCAAUCGAGACUUUGAUGACGAAAAGAUCCUCAUCCAGCAUCAGAAGGCAAAGCAUUUUAAAUGCCAUAUUUGCCACAAGAAGUUGUACACAGGCCCAGGCUUGGCUAUUCAUUGCAUGCAGGUCCACAAGGAAACGAUUGACAGUGUACCAAAUGCAAUUCCUGGAAGAGUUGACAUUGAGCUGGAGAUCUACGGCAUGGAGGGGAUUCCAGAGAAAGACAUGCAGGAAAGGAGACGAACAUUGGAACAGAAAUCACAAGAGAGUCAAAAGAAGAAGGCAAACAAUCAAGAUGACUCCGAUGACGAUGAUGACGACGACGAUGAAGCAGGACCAUCAGUUCAGCCGGUUGCUGCCGUCCAGCCCCAGGCAGGCUAUGCUACUCCAAUGGCUCAGCUUGGGAUGCCUGUGGCUGGCGGAGGUGUGAUGCUCCAUGGAGGAUAUCCAGGAAUGCCUCCCAUGAUGCCUGGCGUUCCCAUGAUGCACGGCAUGCCCCCCAACAUUCAUGGAAUGCCACCCGGCAUGAUACAAAUGGGUGGAAUGAUGCCUCCCAUGAUGCCCGGUAUGCCCCACGGAAUGCCUCCUCACAUGGUCCAGAGGCCCGGGAUGCCCCACAUGGUCCAAGCUGCUGCAGCCGGACUGAUGCCCAGUGGACCGGCAGUACCAGUGGCCCAGCCCGCUGUCUCCAAACCCCUCUUCCCCAGUGCAGUGCAGGCCCAGCAGAGCACUUCAGGAGCCGCAGCUUCAAGCCCCCACAGUACCGCCGAGUCCUCCGACCCUCCCAAAGCAACAUUCCCCGCCUACACCCAGCCCUCUGCCUCUUCUUGCUCUUCCACUUCUGCUUCUUCUAACCCCUCUAGCAGCACUGUGGCCAAACCCCCGGCCACAGUCGCCACCAAACCCGCCACCCUCACCACCACGAGUGCAACUAGUAAGUUGAUCCAUCCUGAUGAGGAUAUCUCACUGGAGGAAUGCAGGGCUCAGUUGCCCCGUUACCAGCGACUCACACCCCGGCCGGCUCAGGCCCUUGUGGCUGCUCCCCCAGUGGUGGCAGUGGGCAGCAUAAUGCCCCAACAGCAAGGCAUGCCACCACAGCAGCCUGGCAUGAGGCAUCCCAUGCAUGGUCAGUACGGCGCUCCUCCUCAGGGCAUGCCGAGCUACAUGGCCGGAGGGAUGCCUCCAUACGGGCAGGCUCCUCCCAUGGUGCCCUCUUACCAGGGAGGCCCUCCCAUGGGCAUGAGGCCGCCCGUCAUGUCUCCGGCUGGGCGCUACUGAAGCAGCAAAGCAGCCACCACAUUAGGUUUGAGGUUAACACCUUUCUCUCAUCCUUUUUCAUCAAACCUAGCUGCAAGCAAAGAGCAGUAAGGCCCACGGUG